CCCCUUCCCGAUUUGGAGAAAGUCAGCGAUAGACAAAAGAUUAACAGGUGGUACUCUGCUUCUCCGUCCCCCACGCCGUUGCACUCACCGUCGUCGUCUACAUUCAGACCGAAGUCAGUUGGAUCUCGGUUUUGCCUUCACCACUGCCUGCCUCCUCUUCUCCAUCUCCCUCUUCCAAAUCGACUACAGAACCUACAUCCUCAAAUCCCCAGAGUGAAGCCCCUUCUUCGAUAUGGUCCGGGUCAUCACCGCCGCGUUCAGGAAACGUAGGAUCGAAACCCGGCCCAACUCCCAAACCCUAUUCCAUGACACCCCCAACGAAGACGACGAAGAAACAGGGGAAAAAACAGAGGAAUUCUCUGCGCCCAACAAUUCCAAGCUUUCUCGAACUACAAGAUUGAGGUGCUUCGCGGCGAUAAUCGUCGAUCUGUCGAAGAUCGAAGAACAAGGGAAGGCAAGUAAUCCAUGGAGAUUGUGCACUCUGCAGCAGGUGGAAGGAUUGAAGCUAUUGGUGGUGACGUUUCAAGUUUGGGUUUCUGGAAUUGCUUGCCUUAUGUUGAUGGAUCAUUAAUAGAGUUAAUGAAGGAGUUAAGCUUCUUCAGCCGUGCGAUUGUGAGCCUUCUUUCCUGGACGGAGUGAAUAAUUUUGGAUUGGAAUA